UAUUUCUCACAGUCAUUCUGUGACUAGUAUUCGUACUCGAGAUCAUUGCAAGAUGAUGCUAACGCAUCAGUUAACGGUUGAGGAAGUGAAUAAUCUUGAAAGUGAGACGUUUGUAAGAAUUUUUGGAAAUACAGUGGAACACUUUCCGGCAGCUGCUAUUGCGAUUUUGAAAAACAGACCGUUUUUGGACAUUGACGAUAUAAUUAAAGCUGUUACGGACUUCUUGGAUUCGCUUAAGGUUUACGAAAAGGAAAGGAUUCUACAGUUAUACCCUGACGUCGUAAAUAAACUUUUUUAUUCAAGUCAGUUACCACUGAAGAGAGAGAUAAGAGGGAGUGAUCAUCUGACCGUUGAUGACAAAACAAAAUUAAGGGAAUUGGACGAUAACUAUAAAGUAAAAUUUGGUUUUCCUUUCAUUAUCGAUAAUAAAGAAAAGGAUGUGAACACUAUAUUCUCUGAAAUUAUAUCUAGGCUGCAAAACAGUAAGGAGAAAGAAAUAGAUAACACAAUGAGAAUAGUGAAGAAUAUCGUCAAAUUGAGAAUACACGAAAUUGUGCGAUGAACUCUGCCAGUUGCAUACCCAUUUUAAUAAUAAUACAUUUUAACAUUUAUUUAAACAUAUAAUACAUAAAUUUAGUUGUCGAGUUCUAGAAAAUGUAGAGAAUAUUACAAAAUGAAUUGAAAUUAUUUAAAAACUAUGUAUAUACCAAUUUUUGUAUGUACUUCUUUCUAUAACAUAGUUACUAACCUUUAUUAAACUUAAAUGUAUAAUUAAAAAUCAUUUAAGAAUAUUAUUGAAAAAUUAAAU